AUAAAAAAAUAAAAACCUAAGACUCAUCAUCCCCUUCCCUCUCUCUAUCUCUCUCUCUCUCUCUCUCUCACACACUAGCCGACCUAAAUAAAGGGGGAGAACAAGGAUUUCUUGCUUUGAUAAUCUUGGUUUUAGGAAAAAAUCAAAUCUUUUUCAGUGGUCAUGCCGUAUCUUGUUCGUGAGAAUCUAUUCAUCGGCAACAUCGGCGAUGCAGCAGAGGUUCUCCAAAAUGGCAGCACAGAGAUCACACACAUUCUCUCAGUUCUGAGUUCUGCAUCAAUCUCGUUUUUCUCCGAAUGGAAGAAGGGUCUUACAAUUCCCACUAAGGAAAUCAAGAAGGUGUAUACUGGCGGGUCUGUUGGUGGGUCGGCUUCUGUGGACGAUUCUGGUGAUGGGUCGAAAAGUUGUUUGCUCUCGGAUAAGCUUUUGUACUUAUUGGAAUAUGCAGGCAAGGAUUUGAAGCUGGUGAGGAUGGGGGUUCCGCUGAGAGAUAUGGAGAAUGAGAACUUAUUGGAUUAUUUGGAUGUCUGUUUGGAUUUUAUUGAUAAGAGUAGAAAAGAGGGGUCUGUUUUGGUGCAUUGCUUUGCUGGUGUUUCCAGAAGUGCAGCUAUCAUUACAGCAUAUCUGAUGAGAACAGAACAUUUAUCACAAGAAGAUGCACUAGGAUCCCUGAGGCAAAGCUGUGAGUUUGUUUGCCCCAAUGAUGGUUUUCUAGAUCAGCUCAAAAUGUACGAGGAAAUGGGCUUCAAGGUUGAUCAUGCCAGCCCCAUAUAUAAGUCUUUUCGCCUGAAAGUAUUGGGAGAAUCUUAUCAUCGUGGGGAUAAAAUAGACAGUUCCAAAUUUGGGGCAGAUCCUGGGUUGCCUAUUGAAGUUGCCUCUGGAGUAGAAUCAGCUCAAAAUGGAGGAAAAACUGGUACACCAGCUUACCGCUGCAAGAAAUGCCGAAGAGUUGUUGCAUUGCAGGACAAUGUUGUGGAUCACAUUCCAGGGGAGGGUGAAAAAUCGUUUGAGUGGCGAAAGCGAAAAAGUAGCAACUUGUCUGAGGAUUCUGAAUGUUCAUCCAUUUUUGUUGAGCCUCUAAGGUGGAUGACAGCAGUUGAAGAAGGAGCACUGGAGGGCAAGUUGUCAUGUGCACAUUGUGAAGCUCGAUUGGGUUACUUCAAUUGGUCAGGCAUCCAAUGCAGUUGCGGGAGUUGGAUCACCCCCGCCUUCCAGCUUCAUAGAAGCCGUGUGGAUGUCAGCACUGUCUAAUAUUUGUCAAGGCAAAGCCUGGGUUGAGGCCCCAUCAGGAUAAAGGGUCCAGAACCCCUCUAAACGAUCAUUUCAAAGUCUCGGAAUACUAUUUAAGGUAUAAAGUCUCCAAGACAAUCAGCAACCAUAGACGAAAAGGAUGCUAAGUUUAUGGAGUUUUUCGUACUGUCUACCCAGAUCAAAAUUGAGCAACCACAGUUAUAGAGAAAAUGCUGCCUUGAUCUGUGAUAUAUGAGAUUUCGGGGACCUGGGUUUUGUUUUUUCUCCUUCCAAUGCGAACUUAGUUUAGGUGACUGAAAAUGUUGUGUUGGAGGUAUUUUGGCAUGAAUUGUUAUGAUUAUAAACUGAGUUACUAUGGAGAUCGCAUUUACUGUAUAAGGUCCUGUUACAAUUAUCCAGUUGCAUGACAACAGGAUAAGUUGUUAUAGAAGUCGAGUUUUAACCAUAUAAUAUGAACAAAAUCCCUAGAUUGGGGAAGUAAUUACUCUU